GCGAUGUGCAUCCUAUUUGUUUACACCGAUCCCGAUCCUGCCCAAGAUGGUUACCGACUCAUCGUUGCGUCGAACCGCGAUGAGUAUUAUGUCCGACCGGCGAAGAAAGCGUUUAAAUGCGAGACGACAGGCGUGAUUGCUGGAAGAGAUAUGGAAGUUGGGCGAGAAGGCGGUAGCUGGCUUGGCAUGUCAACUUAUCCCACAGAUGCCUAUAAAUAUCGAUUCGGUGCGCUGUUGAACGUUACGGGGGAAUCGAAAGAAUCGCACAAAGGACGCGGAUUUAUUGUCAUUGAUUACCUGGAGGGAACAAUGCCCAUCGAGGAUUAUCAGCAGUAUUUGCACAAGGAUGAUGUAGAUUAUCACAGUUAUAAUUUUGUUAGCAUCGAUUUGGGUAAAGAAAUCACAAUUCGUCAUACGACUAACGCGGAGAAUGAAAUCGAUUCGUCAUUUGAUGGAACAGGAAAACAAGUGCUUGCUUUCGGUAAUAGCACCGUAACGACGCCAUUACAAAAAGUUUUAGCUGGUAGAACGCAAUUCGAAAGCAUUGUGAACAAAUUAAAUAGUAAAAAGCUUAGUGGACAACUCACAUAUCAACUUAUAGAGUUACUAAAGUUAACUGAAAGACAUCUACCAGAUCCAGAAUUACAAAGGAGAGCACCGAAAUCCUACAAAGAACUGUCAUCUAUUUACGUAGAAAUGGUUCAACCCGGCUAUGGUACCAGAACGCACACGGUAAUAUUGGUAGAUCAUGACUGGAAUUUGCAAUUUAAAGAAGUCACGAUGAAGGAACCAAUCAACGCGGAGCAACCGGAAUGGGAAGAUACUAACAUAACUGAUUAAGUAAAUUAAUAUUCUAGUCAUCUUAUUUUAACUUAAACACUAUAGCAUAAGAAAAGACAUGAGUUUAUGUACCUUCUAUACUUUAAUGUAAUAUUAUAUACGUACUGCUCUAA